AUGUCAUCCUCCUCUCGCAGACCCAAAUCCCCCACUCGCGCUCAACUUUCCUCCAAACUAGCUUACGAGAAGAAGGUUCCAAAGUUCUUGCAGAGGCUAAAGAACCAGGUUGAGGGAAAACUCGAUACUUCUUCGUACGACAACGACGACGAAGAUUACCAGGACUCUACAUAUCGAAACCCGGAUAGGGACGAAUACAGAAGAGAUGCUGGACGAAAUGAAUAUGGGGGAGAUGACAACGGAAGAGACGAAUUUGGCAGAGAAAGAAGAAUACCUAACGGAGGUUAUAACGACGAGGAAUUCGAGUACAUAAACGACGGUUCCGGAAGACCACCUAUACCACGUCGCCCUCGUUCUUCUUCCCCCCAACGAGUAGGACGACCUCCAAUACCUACGCGACCUGACGACGAUCCAGGGAGCGCUGAUGAGGAUUCCAAUGAUGAGAAACCUCAGGUUGUAGUACUGAAAGCUGGUAAACAUCUCAGUGAAAGGGAGGCGGAGAACGAGAGGAGAAAAGAAAAGGGCCUUCCACCACUCCCAGACCCAGAUAAACUUCAACCUACAUCUUCGUCGGCUUCUCUGAAAACAAACAGCAAUAUCAAAUCCCAGUCGGCGAAAGAUAAAGAGUCAAAGAGCCUUUCAUUCUCGUCUAAACCAUCUUCGAUUAAGGCAACGGAUAAUUUCAAUGCUCUAAAGCGGAAAGUACUGAGUGGUUCUAACGAAGACGAGGACGAUGGUAACGAAGGUGCAGUCAGAAGACGACACGGAGAUGCUAACCAUAAAGGAGUUGAUGAGACGACGAAGAAGAGGAAAAAGGACGGACCUGGUCGAAAAGACACGGGGAAGAAGGAAGGAAAGAAGAAAGAGAAGAAGACGUUGUUGAGUUUCGGGGACGACGCAUGA